CCAUCUUCCACAUUCAUGAGUUGAGUUUAAUUAUUUUCUCUCCUGUCCCAAGGGUUUCGCGAUCUUGAACCUCUGCAUUCAUCUGUCAAAUUCCCUGUAAAUACGCUUCUUCGGAUCUCGAAAUCUCAAUUAUACGGUUCUCUCUCUUCGAUCGAGUUUCGUCUUGUCCCUCUGUGAUUCCAAGCUCUGUUGCCAUUGUUCCGAGAUCCGUUGCCUUUUCCUGUGUUUGUUUCCUUGCAUCUCCAGCCAGAUUCUUAGUUUCACGGCUCACUUCUGUGAAUUCGAUAAGAAAUUAAAGCACAGUACCACUUGCGAUUGAGCUGUUGGUGCAUGUUAUUGCUUAUUGCCUGUUGGAGUUGGCUUUUGGAUCUACAGAUUAUAACUGAUACACGGAUGAGCUUUUGAAUUUAUUGAUUCCGUGAUGGAUGUGGAUUUUAUUGGUGAUUUGUGUUCUCUUGAUGUUGAAUUAUUGAUGCUUACAGAGGUCUCACCUCUGACCCUUAAGGCCAACCCUUACCUUGCUGAAAAGCUUUUCGACCAGUGGCUUUCACAACCCGAGACUUCCUUACUGGUGAAAUCAUUACUUACCAAUGCAAAGGCUGGUGUUCCCUUGAAUGUUCCUGGAACAUCUUCUAGUCCAAAGGCUACUUCAAGUAAUUCAUUGCCUUCCAUGUUUCCUGCUGGCAGUGCGCCUCCACUGUCACCGAGAAGUUCAUCCGGUUCUCCUCGCACUGCAAAACAGAGACUGGGCCCCUCUAAUUUAAGCUCUCCUCUAAAGCGGAUUAAUGAGCCCCAUAAGGAACUGAUUCCACAGUUUUACUUCAAAAAUGGAUUUCCUCCUCCAAAUGAACUCAAAGAAAGAUGCUUGUUUAGAAUCAAUCAGUUUUUCUUUGGUCACGUGGAUGGCCUACAGAUUAAUGGUGAGAUGUAUUCUGAAGUUUGUCCAUGUAAAAUGUACAUUGAAAAAUUUAUGCUUUCCUAUGAUUUUCCAAUGAAUGCUAUUAUCAAUUUUCCUGCCUUCUGUUUUUCAGAAUUUAAGCCAUUGACAAGGGAAAUUUGCAAGCUCCCGUCGUUUUUCUCAACAAAAUUAUUUAAAAAUAUAGAUGUCAAUUGCUCUGGUUAUGUAACAAGGGACGAUUUUGUAGAUUAUUGGGUCAAUGGUGGCAUGUUGAUGAAGGAUACUGCAACCCAGAUUUUCACAAUCCUAAAGCAGCCGGAUCAUAAAUAUCUCAUUCAGGAUGACUUUAAACCCGUGCUUCGAGAACUUUUGUCUACUCACCCCGGCUUGGAGUUCUUGCAAAGCACACCUGAAUUUCAAGAAAGAUAUGCUGAAACUGUUGUAUACAGAAUAUUUUUCUACGUGAAUAGAUCGGGUAAUGGUCGCCUUACACUCAGGGAGUUGAAACGCAGCAACUUGAUUGCUGGCAUGCAACAUGCAGAUGAAGAAGAGGACAUCAACAAGGUUCUAAGGUACUUCUCCUAUGAACAUUUCUAUGUAAUCUACUGCAAAUUCUGGGAGCUCGAUUCAGACCACGAUUUCUUAAUAGAUAAAGAGAACCUUAUUAGAUAUGGGAGCCAUGCACUCACUUACAGGAUCGUGGAUAGAGUAUUUUCUCAGGUCGCGAGGACUUUUACUAGUAAGGUAGAGGGAAAAAUGGGAUAUGAAGAUUUUGUUUACUUCAUACUGUCAGAGGAGGAUAAAACUUCUGAGCCUAGCCUUGAAUUCUGGUUCAAAUGCAUAGACUUGGAUGCGAAUGGGAUUUUGACGAGGAACGAAAUGCUCUUCUUUUAUGAGGAGCAGUUGCAUCGUAUGGAAUGCAUGGCUCAGGAGCCUGUUCUCUUCGAGGAUAUUUUGUGUCAGAUUGUUGAUAUGAUUGGACCAGAGGAUGAGAGCUACUUUACAUUACGUGACUUGAAGGGCUGUAAGCUCUCAGGAAGCUUUUUCAACAUCCUUUUCAAUCUUAAUAAAUUUAUGGCUUUUGAAUCUCGUGACCCAUUUCUCAUUCGUCAAGAACGUGAGAAUCCACACUUGACGGAGUGGGAUCGUUUCGCUCACAGGGAGUAUAUUAGGCUUUCUAUGGAAGAAGAUGCCGAGGAUGCAUCGAAUGGAAGUGGUGAUGCUUGGGAUGAAUCACUUGAGGCCCCAUUUUGAAUUCAAGAUGGGUUUCCGGAAGCAGCUUUAGCUUCAGACUGUUAAUCUACCCAACUGACAAAUUAAUUUUUUUUCUGGACUAUUAUUCAAUGAGAUCGAUAGAAGGCUGCAUUGAUGUAUCAUUGACUGGGAAAAUUGGAAAUCUUGUGAAAAGUGGUCAACUGGGAAAUACUCUCGAUUUAGGGGAUGGUGGUAAAAUUGCAAAGUUGAUAAAUUUCAUUCUAGUUGCUAGACGGAAUUAUGUCAAGACUUUUUCUUUUUUAGACUUGUAUUUUCCUACUUUAAUUCCCAACAGGAAAUCGAAUGCCCAUAUGAUUAACAUUUUUACUUUUUUUUUUUGUUUUUUUUUUUGAAGUACUGUUAUUUAAUGUUCCUCGUCCAGCUUCUUCUUGCAAAUAUUGACACAAUUUGUAUUGAGGUUUCUGUAUGUUAAUCUUAAGGAAUUUACUGUGCAUUCA